CAUAUCGAUUCGAGUCUUUUACUAGGGUUUUCAUCUUUCGCAGACUCGGGCGGCAGAGCUUUAAACAGAAAAAAAUGGUCAAGGGUAGGCAAGGCGAGCGCGUCAGACUCUAUGUUCGAGGAACAGUUCUUGGAUACAAAAGGUCGAAGUCGAACCAGUACCCAAACACCUCGUUGAUUCAGAUCGAGGGAGUGAACACAAAGGAAGAGGUGGCAUGGUACUGCGGCAAACGGAUGGCUUACAUUUACAAGGCAAAGACUAAGCAGAAUGGUUCCCAUUAUCGCUGCAUUUGGGGAAAAGUCGUUAGACCUCACGGUAAUAGCGGCGUGGUUCGUGCUAAGUUCAAAUCCAAUCUCCCUCCCAAGUCCAUGGGAGACAAAGUAAGGGUGUUCAUGUAUCCUAGCAACAUAUGAGCAACAGGGUCCAGGUAGAUUCUAGAAUGGCAGUCUAAGGUGUAUCUUUUGAAUUUGGGAUUUAUUCUCUUAAGAGCUAAGUUUCAAGGUUUUCAAUGCGGGAGUUAUACUAGCUAGCUGUUUUGGCUCAGCAUCUGUUCAGGUAGUUUGUAUUUGGAACAACAAGGAUAACUCUUAUUCUUAGUUUUGUCAUUUGAAAUUUUUGCUAUUUAGCUUUUAAGUUUCUUCAUCUCUUAAUAUGCCUCAAUUUUGUUAGAAGUUUAUCUCUAAUGACCGUAAAGCUUUCUUAUUUCA